CACUCGCCCAAGUAUAAAAGCAACAUUUUUCCAAAACCUGCGCUUACCCUCACAAGGCAAAAUCCUAGUUUGUUAGUCGGCAGAAGCAGGGAGCCUCUAAAAUCUUCUAAAAUCUGCACUUCAUCACCAAACCAUGACUUUCAAGCGUAGGAAUGGUGGCCGCAACAAGCAUGGCCGUGGCCAUGUCAAGUUCAUCCGCUGCUCUAACUGUGGCAAAUGCUGUCCUAAGGAUAAGUCAAUCAAGAGGUUUCUUGUGAGGAACAUUGUGGAGCAAGCUGCUGUCAGGGAUGUGCAGGAAGCCUGCGUCUACGACACUUACACCCUGCCUAAGCUGUAUGUGAAGAUGCAAUACUGUGUUUCAUGUGCGAUCCACUCUCACGUUGUAAGGGUCCGAUCCCGCACUGAUAGGAGGAAACGUGACCCACCCCAGCGGUUCAUCAGACGCAGGGAUGAUAUGCCAAAGCCUGGUCAACCUGGUCAAGCUCCUCGUCCUGGUUUUGCCAAUCCAGCUCGUGCUUAAGGCCCAUGAAGUUUAAGAUGGGUGUCUAUUUUAUUUUAUUUUUCUUUAAAUGACUGGUUGAAUUUUGAGAACUUAAGAGUUGUGUAUUAAGGUUUUGAUUGGUUAAAGUUUAAUCGCAUUUGACACAUUUUGUUUAUUUUGAAGCUUUGAAUGGUUGGAAUGCUAGUUUAAAUCCUAUAAUUUCUAUUUGGUUGCA